AACACCGGAACAUGGUUACCCUACACAGCUGAGGUGGAUUGGGAUUGACAGUGAUUGCGUAAUCACAGAGUGAGUCUCCAUUCCCCAAGGUUAGAUUCCUGUACAAUUGCUCAGUACGGUCAGCUCGACAUUUACCUCAGGCGGCCUUGAACGUGAAAUACAUGGACUGAUCUAGUCUGUGACCUACAUACACAGCUCAGCACGGUGUAGGCUUGAAGGGUGUAACACAGAUCUCGUCGUUUGCUGUUCACUCUAAGAAGCACACAACGAUUAUAAAACCAUGGACUUUUCAACGACGUCACUGCUGCUUGUCGUCAAUAUUGCAAUCCUCGCCAUCAUCGUCAGUGUCUUCGUCUUACCUGAGGACGACAAAAGAGUUCUAUCUCCCGACCUGAGAACGUCUUAUGACUAUAUCAUAGUAGGGGCAGGGUCUGCGGGAUCUGUUCUGGCGUCCCGGCUGUCCGAGAAUGGUCACGUGAAUGUCCUGCUGAUUGAAGCUGGUGGUGAUGACCGAAACCAAGAGACACUGGACGUUCCUCUGCUGGUAGCCUUGAGCCAGAAAGGAAUAUUGGACUGGGCCUAUUUGACCGAACCCCAGCAACAUGCUCAUUCAGGACUAAUAGAAAAGAGGGGAGCAUGGCCACGUGGUAAAGUCUUGGGAGGAAGCAGUCAGUUAAAUUAUAUGCAGUAUGUCAGAGGUCAUCGCCAUGACUACGAUAGCUGGGCAGCCAAUGGAUGUGAAGGAUGGAGUUACCAAGAUGUUCUCCCGUACUUCAAAAAGUCGGAAGACAUACAAAUUGAGAGAUUAAAAAACUCAGAAUAUCAUGGUCAAGGUGGCCCGCUGGUUGUGACAGAAUCGAGUUCAAUACCGCUCGCUGAUUACUUCGUCAAAGCGGGAAUUGAACUCGGGUACAAGGAAACAGACUACAAUGGAGAAAAUCAGGAAGGGUUUAGCAGAUCGCAGGUUUCAGUCGGGAAUGGUGAACGAAUGAGUACUUCAAAGAGGUUCCUGUGGCCAGUCAUAGACAGACCCAACCUGCAUGUCCUGGCCAACGGUCACGUCACGAAGGUAAUGAUUGAAAAUAAGCAGGCAGUUGGAGUCGAGUAUAUCAAAGAUGGCCGUCUCCACAGAGUGAGCGCAUCAAGGGAGGUAAUCCUGUCAGCUGGUGCAAUUGGGUCGCCGCAGUUGCUGAUGCUGUCUGGGAUAGGGCCAAAGAAACAUUUGGAGGAGAUGAAGAUACCAGUUCAAGCAAACCUCCCAGUUGGUGAAAGCUUACAUGAUCAUCUGUUCGUCCCCGUGGUGUCGACAAUUCAGAAGCCUAUUUCCCUCACGGAAAAGAAAAGAGACUCAACACUGACGUUAAUGGAAUAUCGUGUACUCAAAUCAGGUCUCCUCACAUCAAGCGGAGCUUUAGAAGCCACUGCAUUUCUCAAGACCAAAUCAGAGGAGCCAAGUCCAGACAUUCAGCUUCAGUUCUACUGUGCUUAUAUGGAUCUAGCAGGGGUGAUGAACAUUGACCAAAAGAUAGUCGAUCAUUUCAACUGGACAUCAGCCCAAGAAGGAUUCACAGCCUUACCAACUUUACUACGUCCAAAGAGUGUUGGAACAAUCCGCCUAAGAAGCACCAACCCAUUCGAGUAUCCUGUCAUCGACCCCAACUACCUGUCUCAUCCAGAUGACGUCAAGACUUUAAUCAGAGGAGUACGUGUCGCCCAGAAACUUCAUCAGACCAAGGCUUUCAAAGAAAUAGGAGCCAAGCUUAAUGAUAGGCGCUUCCCGACAUGCACCACUAUGAAGUACGACACUGAUGCAUACUGGGAGUGUUACAUCCGGGCACUGGCCGUAACAGUCUACCAUCCAACCACCACGUGCAAGAUGGGGAAGCCAAGUGACCCCACUACAGUUGUUGAUCCUCAAUUGAGAGUAAAAGGUAUUGCCGGACUGAGGGUUGUGGACGCCUCCAUCAUGCCGGCCGUCGUGUCAGGAAACACAAACGCACCGAGCAUCAUGAUAGGAGAGAUGGCAGCGGACAUUAUCAAAAGUGCAAAAUAGGGCACACAAAAACAUGCACAAGAUGGAAAUGUUAAUUAUCUUGAAUGUAAUAACCAUGAUUAUACCUUCAGUUUUUUAAAUGUAUACAUCAUAUGUAGUUCGGUAUUUGAUACAAUAAAAUAUUAAAACAAGAA